AUGGAUCAAGAAGAUGCUCCGCUGCUUUCCUCACAGCCUUCCACCGCUACCCAGGCCCAGGAUCGACGAAAACCAAACGCCAUCUUGGAUAUAUGGCUCGGCUUCUCCCCAUACUUCAAGUAUUGCAUCGGGCUAGAGCUCUUAUGUGAACUUGCGAUGAUGAUUAACACGGUGCCCAUGGUAUCUAUUCUAGAGCACUCGUUGUGCUUGCAUCAUUUCCAUGGAGAGAUCCCAGGUCCAGAUGCUUGCAAAACUCCACCAAUCCAACAAAGUUUAGCAGAAGUCCGUGGGUGGACAGCUUCCUUCGAGACCAUUGCCGCUAUUCUUGUUGCAUUGCCCAUGGGCCGCCUUGCGGAUAAUCGAGGCCAGCGCGGGGUAUUUAUGAUCAUCAUGCUAGGGAUACUGAUGAGCCUCACAUGGUCCUUGUUCAUCAUUGCGAGCGCCAAGCUGCCUAUUAGGCUUGUAUGGGCGUCUUCUAUCUUUCUACUCGUAGGAGGGGGUAGAUACGCCGCUGAAAUGCUUCUUGCCGCAAUGGUUGCAAAGGCAUGCAACGAAGAGACAAGAACUCGCGGCCUCUACCACUUCUAUUCGUGUUUCAUUUUCGCCGAACUCAUAGGUCCUCCAAUCGCAUCUGUCGCUGCUGACAUCUCCCCUUGGCUUCCAUUUAUCAUCAGCUACAUUCUGCUGUUCUUGACGUUCCCUGUCCUCGUGAUCAUGUCAAAAUAUGACACAGCGCCACAAUCACCGCAUACCAGUCACGAGCAGAGUAUGCAUCCAGAUGUCCCGCCAGUAAGACGUAACUGUCUUCGCAUAGCUCUCUCCGCCACAAUCGAUCAGUUCCAAAUCCUCAAAUUCAUCUUCUCAACUGGUAAAAUGCGAUUGGCAUCUACCAAUGCCCUCAUCAGUGAGGUCGCUCUCGUGAACCUGCUGCUUUUUUUGUUCAUCAUGCCAGCCCUUAUUCGUGUAGUUGGCAUCUACUUGAAACCUGAAGCUCAAAUCCUCAGCCUUGGUAUCUUGAAGUCCAGUUUAUCGUUUCUAUGUGUAGGAUCCUUACUUCUUGCCUUUGCUGCAAGUUCUCCCUUGUUAAUUGCUUCAACAAUGGUUUACGGCCUCGGGUUUGGCGCCCGCUCAGCCCUGCUAUCUCUCGUAACAUCAUGGAUUGACCUAGAAUGCACCGGUACCCUGUAUAGCGCGGUAUUUCUCCUUGAACAAAUUGGUAUGCUAGGCGGUGAACCCUUGAUCCAAAAUCUGCUUGGCAUUGCGGUUGGGCUGCCAGAUCCGUGGAAAGGCUUGCCGUUCAUCUGUGCCAGUGUAAGUUUUCAGCCAGCAUUGCCAACCAGCAACUUCUAUCUGACACUCGACCACUAG